AUGUCUUCUUUGCUCGGUCUCGUUGUGAGGCUUUCUCGGCCUGCACCACGUAUUUUCCGAUCAGUAGCCUUUCUCUCGUCUACUUCUACAUUAUUUGACAAACAUCUCACGAAUUCGCGAGAAUUAGUUAAGGAAAUGCUUAGAGAAAGGGGGUUACCCAUAAUUAACACCACAGCAUCUGCUCUUAGAAAAGGAGAUCUUAAGGCGCUUAAAGUGAACUUCAAACCUGUCGAAUGCAAUAACAAAAUCGCUCCUGAAAUUGAUGCGAAACUCGUACUGACAAUUCAAACAUCGAGAAUUGGGUCUCAGUGA